UUGCAGCGCCAUAGUCUUCUCUUCAACUUCAAUGCAGAACACACCUUUCUUCUGUUUCUUGUUGUUACUGCAUUUUCAGAACACAAUGGAAAUGGAAUGGCCUCUCUCUCUCUCUCUCUACCAGUGCCACUCCUUCGUUUACUUUUCCUCACUCAUUCUUCAAAAACUCCCUUCCAAAUCCGCUUCACGUGUUCACAAACAACACCAAGAUAACAUUAUUGAUGAAUCACGAUUCAUGAGUCGUAGCUCGCGCGUGAUCCACUUUUUUUUUUAAAAAAAAACGUUCCGAAAAGUAAUAGUAUUAAUUAUAAUAUUAAUAUUAAUAAAAAGCGAGACUGAGAUACGCGCCAGCCAGGUGUAGAGUAGAGGAUCACGAUGCUGAUUGUGAAUUUAUUAUAUUACUAUUCUCUGAAAUGAAGCUUAUCAAAUUGGAUUACUAUAAGAAUUGAAUUUGAGGAUCGAGGAAGGUGUUUUGGCGGAAAUGGAGGUCAUUCACUUAUGGUCUGCUCCAAGGUCCCUCAGUACCACUGUCAUGUAUUCUUUCGCUCAGAGGGAUGACAUUGAAGUGCUUGAUGAGCCACUCUAUGCUAAUUUCCUUCGAGUCACUGCUGUUCAUAGACCCUACAAGGAGGAACUACUCUCCAAAAUGGAAUCUGAUGGAAAUAAGGUUGUUAAGGACAUAAUUUACCGUCCAGGAAACAGCAAGUAUAGAUUCUGCAAGCACAUGUCGAAACAGAGGAUACUGGGUUUGCCGGAGGAUCUAAUGAAGAAAGGAAAGCACUUCAUUCUGAUAAGAAAUCCUCUUGACAUAUUGCCAUCCUUUGAUGAGGUUGUCCCUCCUUCUUUUUUUGAGUUGGGAUUGGCAGAGCUAGUUUGUAUCUACAAUGAACUUUGUGAGAUUGGAAAACCACCACCUGUUGUUGAUGCUGCAGAACUUCAGCAAGAUCCUGAGGCUACUUUACGGGCUCUUUGCAAUGAUUUGGAGAUUCCUUUUCAACCUGCAAUGCUCAAUUGGGAAGCAGGUCCAAAACCAAUAGAUGGCUUAUGGGCCCCUUGGUGGUAUAAAACUGUACACAAAUCUACUGGCUUUAAGGAAGAAAACAAGUAUCCUCAGCCAUUUCCCUUUUCUCUCUACAACUUGUUGGAGCAAAGUCUACCCCUGUAUAAUAUGCUUCGGCGCCAUGUGAAGAAGAAGCCAUCCCUUCUAGGCACUCCCUUACCUACUCCUGAUCUUCCAGUUCCUGCAAAUGAGAAAUUGCUUGCCUGGGUUGGUAAUGAGAUUGUACCACGUGAGAGUGCAAAGGUUUCUGUGUUUGAUUCAGUUGUCCAAGGAGGUGACUCAGUUUGGGAGGGUCUUCGAGUGUAUAAUGGAAAGAUAUUUAAGCUUGAGGAACAUCUAGACAGGAUGUUUGAUUCAGCAAAAGCUUUGGCUUUCGAGAAUGUUCCAACUCGAGAUAAGAUUAAGGAAGCUAUUUUCAAAACCCUGAUUAGGAAUGGAAUGUUUGACAAUUCCCACAUUCGACUUUCUCUAACACGAGGAAAGAAGGUUACUUCUGGGAUGAGCCCUACAUUAAAUCUAUAUGGAUGCACAUUAAUUGUGCUUGCUGAAUGGAAGCCCCCUGUUUAUGAUAAUGAGCACGGCAUAGUUCUUGUAACUGCUACAACACGCCGUAAUUCCCCAAAUAAUUUGGAUUCAAAGAUUCAUCACAAUAACCUCCUCAAUAACAUACUUGCAAAGAUUGAAGGUAAUAAUGCAAAAGCAGAUGAUGCAAUCAUGCUUGACAAAGAUGGUUAUGUAUCUGAAACCAAUGCAACAAACAUGUUCAUAGUUAAAAGGGGGGCUGUUUUGACACCACAUGCUGAUUACUGUCUUCCUGGCAUUACUAGAGCAACUGUAAUGGAUCUUGUGGUGAAGGAGCAGUUUAUCUUAGAAGAGCGAAGAAUCAGCCUGUCAGAAGUGCAUACCGCAGAUGAGAUAUGGACAACAGGAACAAUGGGAGAACUAAGCCCAGUGGUGAAGGUCGAUGGCCGCAUAAUUGGUAAUGGAAAAGUAGGGCCGGUAACUAGACAGUUGCAAGCUGCUUAUAGAAAGUUGACAGAACAGUUGGGUGUACCUAUAUCGAACUACCUCGAGGCUUGAAAGGUGGAACUUGGAAGUGAGCGAAAAUUGCUGGUGUGCUAUUCCUGAAAGCAACCAAUCUUAGCUUUUUUCUCUCAUCCAAAAUAAAAAUGUACUACAGUAUUAUUUUAAGAGUCGUGGUAUUAUUUUAAAGACAGUGAUUAAGAAAUUUGUGCAUAAUUUUUUUUAUUAAAAAUGACAGUGAAGACAUAUUGGUAAUCUUUUCCA